UGUCCUGGGUCAGAAAAAGCAAUCGAUAGCGACGUCAUCGAACGACUCAAGCAAAGAGAAGGAAGAUGGCCUCCACUGAUCAACUUGAUCCACUGGCUCAGUCUGGCCUUCCCCCUGGUGACGAAAGGCCUGCUUUUCCAAGAGAAGCUUUGAUUACCACUGCUGUGAAAUUUCUGCAAAACCCGAAGGUGCGCCAGAGUCCACUGGCCACGCGAAGAGUCUUCUUGAAGAAAAAAGGCCUGACUGAUGAGGAGGUGGAGCUGGCCAUCCUGCGCUCCGGCAGCACGGACGAGGUCCUGGCUCUGAGCCCGCUGGGACCCGCGCAGAUAGUGCCCGUAACGCACAUUCCUCCAGGCUACCGAUGGCGGGACUACAGCGCCAUGGCGGUCAUCAUGGUGGGCGUGGCCUUCGGUAUGCAGCACCUAUACAAGAGAUACAUCCUCCCUCUGAUUGUGGGCCGGCGCCAGGACCAGCAGCAUCUGCAGCGGCUGGAGAGCAGCGUGGCGGAGAUGAGUGGCACGCUGACACAGACAGUGGGUCAGCUCCAGCACACCCUGACCACGGUACAGGAGCUCCUGGAGCAGCAGCAGCUGAAGAUGCAGGAGCUGUCCCAGGGCCUGAGCACGGCCGGGGUGAGCCCUCCCACUGCACCGCACACCGCCAGCCCAUAAUACACCUGUCAGUCA